AUUUCGGGCAUAAUGAUGUGGAUGUCUAAGGAUCUCUCUUUAUCUAUCGGCCUUUAGAUCCGCCUCACGCAAUGGAUACGUCGGUGAGAUAGACAUCAUCACUAAGCUCAGCGAAGCUUUGCGGCUCAUACAUAAGUGACAUUGUAUAUAGAUAUGCAUUUCCUAUAUAAAUGUAAGAAGCUGUAGACAUCGUCGUCUUAGGAUCGUGCAGUCAUCAUCAUCUACUUCUCGAAUAUAUAUAAAAAAAACCCCCAUAGAGCGCCUGAGUUACCCAUCAACCCGAACACCAAGUCUAUUACCCAUUAGAUUAACCACCCCAAUACUCACCAUGGCCAGCACCCCCCGCCGCGUCCUCAUCACCGGCGCAAACGGGUUCAUAGCCGCGCAGACCGUAUCGCGCUUCCUGUCUUCAGGCUGGACAGUCCGCGGCACGGUCCGCGACCUCUCGAGUCCCAGCGCGCAAUCCCUAGCGAAGCAUUUCGCGCCCGCCCAAGCAGCAGGGUCCUUCGAGCUCGUGUCGGUGCGCGACAUCAGGGCGCCGGGCGCCUUCGACGACGCCGUCCGCGGAUGCCACGCGGUCGCGCACCUCGCGACGCCCGUGGUCUUCGACAGCGGGGACGUAGAGUACAUCGUGGGGACCGCGGUGCAGGGGACGCUGUCGAUCCUCGAGUCCGCGCUGAAGGCCACGCGGGCAGGGGACGCGAUAGAGAGCGUCGUGCUGAUGUCCAGCGUCGCCGCCGUGCGCAUGGCGACGCCCGGCUUCGCGACGUUCACGGAGAAGGACUGGAACACGCGCGCCGAGGACGAGGUCCGCGAGCUCGGGGACAAGGCCUAUGGCCAUAUCAUCUACGCCGCUAGCAAAGUCGCCUCGGAGCGCGCGUUCUGGAAGUGGAUGGGGGAGAAGAAGUCGCCGUUUGCGGCGACGUCGGUGAAUCCUUGCUGGGUCGCCGGUCCCCCACUAUACCUGCCUGAUUCGCCCGAGGACAUCCCCGAGACGACAUCGUUCAUCUGGAAAGUAUUUGCCGGCCAGGAAUUUCCCCCGGGACCCACCGGGCAUGGCUCGCACGUAGACGUUCGCGAUGUCGCGCGAAUGACGGAAUGGGCGGCGUCGCACCCCGAGACGACCGGCGGUGAACGCUACAUCGUAGGCGGGAACGGGAACGUGGGCGUUCCUCAGGCUGUGGCUGACAUCCUACGCAAAGCUUACCCCGAGAGGCGAAACAUUAUCAAAGAAGGGACGCCUGGAGAGGGCUAUCAACCCGGCUACGCUUCCGACCCGAGUAAAUUCCAUCUGGACUCCUCAAAAGCAGUCAAGGCAACUGGGCAAGAAUGGAUUCCUUAUGAUCAAAUGGUUUUAGACACGGCUAAGUUAUUUGAGGCAUACCUAUAGAUUUAAGAUAGAGAUAAUACCCCCAUUGAACAAGACAUUUCCAAAAAUCAAUUGAUAGUAUUAUGACGUUACGUGGAAUCCUAUUCUAAGCUAGAAAUCCGGCCCGAUUCCAACCCAACCUAGAUAU